ACUUGCCAUGGCUUGGAACCUGCAGGCACAUAACUCUCAUGGCACCAUCGGCAGCCUUGUCAUGGCACUUUGUUUAUUUACAGUAGUGAAUAACACAGUUGCAGUUUGGCUCAAUCACGGGAGAGAUUUUAGUAACCGAAGGUACGGGUCUGCCGAAGUGGUAAUCAGCCCAAUGACAGUGUCAAACAUGCGGCUGAGAUGGAAAUUCUUUGCUGGAAAAGAUAUAACUGCGACGCCCGCAGUAGCCGAUGGAGUGGUUUAUUUCCCAUCAUGGAAUGGAUAUUUGUAUGCCGUGAAUGCUUUCAAUGGUACAUUAAUAUGGAGGCAGAACCUUGGUGACUUAACCGGACUAAAUGGCACUGGGAUCGUUGUGAACGUAACCGUGUCGAGAUCGACCCCAACAGUGUACGGAAAACUCUUGCUUGUUGGAAUUUAUGGGCCUGCUGUUGUGAUUGCCGUGGAUCGAUCAAAUGGGAGGCUCCUUUGGUCAACUCAACUUGACCCGCGUCCUCGAGUUUUGAUCACCAUGUCUGGAACAGCAUGCAUGGGGGCAUUCUAUGUCGGAGUAUCAUCACUAGAAGAAGCAUUACCGGCUGCCCAAUGUUGCACAUUCCGAGGCAGCUUGGCAAAGCUUGAUGUUCUAACAGGAAGAAUCCUUUGGCGGACCUAUAUGCUUCCUGAUAAUGGUGGAAAAUUAGGAGGUUACUCUGGUGCUGCUAUAUGGGGAAGCAGCCCUUCCAUUGACAUGAACAGGAGACAUGUUUAUGUGGCAACUGGGAACCUCUACACAGCCCCGUCUGAGGUGCAACAGUGUCAAGAAAAGCAGAACAACGAGACAUCAAAACCUAGUCAUCCCGACCAGUGCAUUGGGCCAGAUAUCAAUUUCAAUUCGAUUUUGGCUUUGGAUAUGGAUUCUGGGAGGAUCAAAUGGUCAAGGCAAUUGGGCGGCUAUGACGUAUUCUAUUUUGCAUGUUUAACACCUAAUAACCCUGAUUGUCCGACAGGGCCUAACCUGGAUGCGGACUUUGGUGAGGCUCCCAUGCUCGUUACCAUUUUUGCCAAUGGAACCAAACGCGAUGUCGUGGUGGCCGUGCAAAAAAGUGGCUUUGCAUGGGCUUUAGACCGUGAUAAUGGCAGCAUAGUUUGGUUUAAAUUGGCAGGACCGGGUGGCGAAGAGGGAGGAGGGAUAUGGGGUGCAGCCUCAGAUGGAAGAAGGGUGUACACAAACAUUGGCAACGGCAACCGAGAGAGCUUCACACUGAAACCAUCAAGCCUGAAUACAACGGCCGGUGCAUGGGUGGCUCUUGAUGCGAAUUCUGGGGAAAUUGCUUGGUCCACGGCGAACCCCAGUAAUGAUACUUCCCAGGGACCCGUCACGGUAGCCAAUGGUGUGGUUUUUGCAGGGUCUGUAGCUUCUAAUGGUCCAAUAUAUGCCAUGGAUGCCAACACUGGGGAGAUCCUCUGGUCAUAUAAUACUGGCGCUACUGUGUACGGAGGUGCAUCAGUGAGUUAUGGAUGCAUUUACAUAGGGAAUGGAUAUACAGUUGGCCUCGCAAAGUUCCACCCUACCUGGACUCCCGGAACUUCACUCUAUGCCUUCUGCAUCAAAUAA